AUGUCAGCUACCGAUACCGAUUAUCUCAUUCGAGAUGGUACAGCAGAUCCGGAGACUAAAUCAAAACUUAAAAAGUUUGCUAUAUUAUCCGUAAUCUUUUUAUUGGGUGUGGCUAUUGGAAGUAUUCCUGUGUAUGUAUAUUUUACUCAUCGAUCACAUUCAAAUCCUCCCAACCCACCAACACCUUCGGCAUGGAAUUCCAGUGAUUAUCAAUCGAACAGUGAUUAUUAUGAGAAAUUGGUCACAAUGGAUUAUUUCAAUCAAACUCAUAAUCUCCGUUUGGAUCGUCUUUCUUCACCAUGUUUACAUCCAAGUGAUGGACAAAGUGUGAUCUAUUUACGAAAACAAUAUCAUAUGCCUGAUUUGAAUGGAUCAACUACGACAUUACAUUGGAUGGAUUUGCAAACAAAUCAAACAAAACAAUUGACUCAACCGAUUUGGGGUAUUGAAGAUCAACAACUCUUUUGGAUUGAUGCGAAAACUAUCGUCUUUCUUUCCAAUCGAGCAAUAUCUGGAUUAACACAAAUAUUUCAAUUGAAUCUUCCUGAAAGUCUAUUGAAUUUACGAGAUUAUCUUGAACCAAUUCAAAUCACUGACUAUCCAUUAGAUAUUGAUAAUUUGCUCGUCAACCGACAAGGAACACGUUUAGCAUUUAGUUGUCAAGUUUAUUCAAAUCUGACGAUUGAAGAAACAAAUUAUCGAAUGAAAAAUGAAAGUAAAACUGGUGAAAACGUCUACAAAUUUGACAAAUUAUUCAUUCGUCAUUGGGAUCAAUUCAUGCUUGGUCGUCGUCAUCAUCCAUUCAUUGUUUCUCUCCAACGAAACUCGAAAAACAUCUUCGAAUUUUCCUCCAAACCUCAAGAUGUUCUAUUUGGUAUUGACAGUGAUUCACCAACACGACCAUUUGGUGAUGCCAAAGCUCAAUGGUCAUUCAGUGCAAGUGGAAACUCCUUCGCCUAUACAAGACAACAUGACGAGACAAGUACAGUAGCAUGGUCAACGAAUUUAGAUAUUUAUACUGUUGAUUUAACUGCAAUGAAUUAUAUCAGUGUCUGUGUAACAUGUGAUAAUAUUGCUGCUGAUACAGACCCAAGAUAUUCUCCGGUUGAAGAACAUGUCUUAGUUUAUCGUGCACAAUCUGUUCCUGGUUAUGAAUCAGAUCAAUUUAAGAUCAAAUUGAUUAAUGGUUCGAAUCCUCGAAUGACCAUUUUGAAUGAUUGGGAUCGUAGUGUUAACGGUCUCGUGUGGGCAAAGGAUGGUCAAUCACUUUUUAUCGAAGUAGGUGAAGAAGCUGAAAAUGUUAUUUAUAAAUUAUCAGCCUUGACAUCAACAUCAACAACUCCUCUUCGCCUUCUUUCUACUGGUUCAUCUAGAGAUAUCAGUAUUCAUCCAUUAAAUCUCGACAUGUUUGUUUACACCUAUGAUAGCAUUACUGAACCGUCGAAUAUUUAUCUAUUUUCUUCACCAAUUUCUAUUCGAUCAUUGACAACUCAUAACGAAAAGUUAUUAUCAAAGGUUCGCAUGAGUAAAGUUGCUGAAAAAUUUUCAUUUUUCGGUGCAAAGAAUGAAACCGUCUGGGGUUGGCAUAUUCCUCCAGCCAAUGGUACCAACCAAAAAGCUCCACUUGCAUUUCUUAUUCACGGUGGUCCCCAAAACAGUUGGUACAACGCUUGGAGUUACCGAUGGAACUAUCAAGCAUUUUCAUCUCAAGGAUAUGCGGUCAUUGCUAUUAACUUUCAUGGUUCCGAUUCUUACGGACAAAACUUUACCGACAGCAUUACAGGUGAAUACGGAACAUUACCAUUCGAAGACUUACAAUUAGGUUUAACUGCUGCUUUGAAACAAUUCAGUUAUAUCGAUGGUAAUCGUUCGAUUGCAUUGGGUGCAAGUUAUGGUGGUUAUAUGAUCAAUUGGAUCGCUGGUCAUCCGGAAAUGAGUCAACGUUUCCGAGCACUUGUUAAUCACGAUGGAUUAUUCGAUAUGCGAGCAAUGGCUUAUUCAACCGAAGAAUUAUGGUUCGCUGAACACGAUGCUGGUAAUGUUACACAAUUUCAAAAUCCUGAAGCUUAUGAAAAAUUCAAUCCUGUCAAUUACGUGGCCAAUUGGACUCAACCAAUGUUAGUUAUUCACGGUGGUCAUGAUUAUCGUGUUCCAGAUGCUCAAGGUAUCAGUACAUUUACAGCUUUACAACGACGUGGAAUUCCCAGUCGAUUAUUAUAUUUACCCAAUGAAAAUCAUUGGACAGUGAAUCCAUUCAAUUCAAUUGUCUGGUAUCACGAAGUUCUUCAUUGGAUGAACCAAUGGACAAGUUAA